AUGCAUCACUACGGUGUAGAUUUGGCGCGAGUAUAAAAGCGACCUCCCUCUACCGACGCUUACUCGCUAACAGUUAGUGUUGAACGCUGGCCCCUUCGAGUGACGCUCCGUUCAACAACUUUGAAUAAAAUAUUACUUUAUUAAGCAGAAUGCCAGUAGAUCUGUACUACGUGCCCGGAUCCGCGCCUUGCCGCGCUGUCUUGUUGACAGCCCGCGCUCUCAACCUCAAUCUGAACCUCAAGCUUGUCGACCUGCAUCAUGGAGAACACCUUAAACCUGAAUACCUCAAGAUCAAUCCCCAACACACGGUUCCGACCCUGGUGGAUGACGGGUACUCUAUCUACGAGUCCCGCGCCAUCAUCACCUACUUGGUGAACAAGUACGGCAAAGGUAGCGCCCUGUACCCCGAGGAGCCCAAGGCCAGAGCGCUGGUCGACCAACGGCUCUACUUCGACAUCGGCACUUUGUAUCAAAGAUUCAGCGACUACUUCUAUCCACAAAUAUUCGGCGGCGCGCCGGCCGACCAGGAUAAGUUGGUCAAAGUAGAGGACGCCCUCAAGUUACUGGACACGUUCCUCGAGGGCCAGAAGUACGUGGCGGGGCCCAACCUCACGGUCGCUGACCUCAGCAUCGUCGCCGGGGUCUCCAGCUUCGAGGCUUCCGACAUCGACUUCAAGAAAUACGCCAAUGUUAAGAGAUGGUAUGAAACCGUGAAGUCCACUGCCCCCGGGUACCAGGAGGCCAACGAGAAGGGUCUGGACGCCUUCAAGGCUCUCGUCAACAGCCUCCUCAAGAAGUAACCCCGGCUCGUGUCGCUCGCCCACACUGAACCCCUCACUAUAAGUCAACACCGCUGUUGUCGUGAUAUUUAAGUUAUAGGAAUAAGGCACAAUAAACGGAAUCAAAUCUUA